AUGGCUUUCAACUUUUCAAUUCCUAUAAAGACAUAUUCAAAGUAUGAUGGUACGAUUAUUGCUCCUUAUGGAUUUAAUAGUCUCUCCCCGCAAUUUGAUAACAAGAAAUGGCAACACUUUAAUCAUAAUUAUCAAAUCACCUUUUUAAUUGAAAUUGUUCAAGAAAAGUUAAUAUCUAUUAGAACAGUGAUGGGCAGUACAACGUUGUUAGAUGAUAUUCUCACUACCGUAGAUGGUUUGAAUGAAGGUAUUCGAUGCUCAUCUCGUUGUCCAUCUUUAUCUUUCAAAUAUUUAAAACAAGAAAAUAGAGUACAAGUGUUAAAAAGAUUUCAAUUAGAAUUUAAUAAUAGCACAGAGUUUUCAUCCGUAAAGAAAACAUUACAAGCAAUAAGACUUAAUAUUAAAGAAUUUCCUCCAGUACAUACACAACAAACCAUGAAAAAAAAUUGUAGUAGCAAUAACAAUAUUAUCAAUUACAGUCAAUAUCAAAUAGAGAAUUCAUUAACGGGCCAAAUAAGCAAACCUUUCAAUUCUAUUUGUGACAAUGAAAACAUCACUAAUGAAUUUAACAAAUAUCAUGAACCACCAUUAAUUAAUAGUCAGGUCGAAAGCUCCACAUGUCUUAAAAACAAUACUGGUGGGAUAAAAGAUAAGGGCUUCAAGAAUACUCCCAUUAGUAUUCACAAUAAACUUCCAUCAAUUGACUUCCUUAUUCAACACACAAUAGGAACAGAAGAAGAAAAGAAUACGGAUCACCAACGACAAACAAAUAUAGAAAAUAUAAUAGAUCCAAGAGCCAAAUUAAAUAGUGGUGUUUUACCCCAGAAAAUAUCUUGUUAUCCCCCAAGAGGAACCGGAAUCGACUAUGAGACCACUUUGAAUUCUCAAUUAAGCGACAAUUCAUUAGUUCACGACAAUAAUAUAUAUGGAAUUCAAGAAUGUAAACCAGCCAUAAAUCAUAAUAUGCCUUUCAUUAAUAAAAAAUUGAAUGACGUAAGAAUGGUACCAAUUAAAGGCAUACAGAAUACUUCUCCAAAGAAUGUCGACUCACCUAACACACUUUCAGCAAAAUUUCCAACUUUGAAUUCAUUACCGGUUCUUGAAGUAAACAAAGUUGGAAGUUCGCAUGAAAGAUCGGACGAUGCGAAGACUAAAAGUUUACAAGAGAACAAAGUUCCCGAAUGUGACUCUGUAAUUGAGACACUAAAGCCGGAAAUCAAGAAUGCGAAACAUUCUUUAAAGAAACCGGGAAAGAUAAGAAUCAAAAUAACUAAAAAAAUAAUAAAAGAAAAACUGAAUAACAAAAAAUUUAUGAAAUGGGUAUGUAUUAAAAUCUAA